AGACAAGGCUGUGGUAUGGCAAUGUCAGAAAGUUAGGUUAGGAAUUACAUUGACCAUCAUAAUGUAGUGUUUUUUUUCUGAUAACAAUAAAAACAAAACCAUGACUGAAAUGUCGUGCCACAUUUGAUGAAAUCGUGUUGAAAGAAAAACAUUAUGAUUCAUCACUCAAGGAAUAGCAGUUAGACUGUAUAUGUGAAUGAUGCCUAGCUCUUUGCUUUUCGGUAUUAGUCAUGAGGGUAGGGUGUACGCUCUAUCAACCAGAGGCUCCAAGUGGAGAGAGCUUGUAUACCUGGGCUUGGAGUUUAAAACUCUGUCAGCACUACCUCACAUGCUAUGGGCAGUUGGUGGUGAUAGACAAGUGUAUGUAUAUGUCCAUGGAAUAGAUGUCCCUAUAAGGAUUAAAGAAGAGGCAUUUGAAAAUGAGAGAUGGCUCCCAGUUGAAGGAUUCAGCAAUCGUUUAUUUCCCAUGGAUAGACAUCAAUUUUCCUCUGCCGAUGGUUUGACAGAGAGAAGUUUAAAAACUGUUCGUUUGCCGUCUAUGGCCUGGCAGUGGGAAUCUGAUUGGCAUUUGGAGCUUUCAUUGGAUGGACAGCCUUUGGAUAAUGAUGGUUGGACCUAUGCUGUUGAUUUCCCAGCAAAAUAUUACCCUCAAAAGCAAUGGAAAUCUUGUGUUCGGAGGAGAAAAUGGGUUAGAUAUCGAAGAUAUUCUGCCCUGAACUCAUGGUGUGCCAUAGCACCCCUGCAUAAAGAUGCAACACAGGAGCCUUUUAUUGAUGUUGCUGUUGGUGGACAGGGCCUUACCAGCAUUGAUGAAGGAUCAGUACUUGUUUGGGCGGUGACAGCUCAUGGACGGGUCAUGUUCCGCACUGGUGUUAGUUUGACUUCUCCAGAAGGUCAGAAGUGGGUUGCAGUAUCUGUUCCUCAAGGUUCUGAAGUUAAGCAAAUUUGUGUUGGAGCUACUGGAUUGGUUUGGGCCAUCUUAUGGAAUGGCAGGGCUUUGGUAAGGCUUGGUGUGAGCCGACACAAUCCCAUGGGUGAAUACUGGUCUGAAGUGGCUGCACCCAAUGAAACAGAAAGAUUGAGUCAAGUAUCAGUGGGAACUAAUGCAGUGUGGGCUGUCACUACCAGUAAUCAUUUGUGGUUUAGACGAGGGGUAAGAGGAAAUAGUGCCAGUGAAAGUGAAGAAUGUGCCAGAGGUUGUGGCUGGGUUGAAAUGGUUGGCAGGAUGACACUUAUCUCAGUUGCAGCUAAUGAUCAAGUAUGGGCCAUUGGAGCAGAAGAUCGACUGCUGUAUUUCCGCACUGGUGUCACACACUCAGACUUGACUGGGAAGACAUGGCGGCUGAUGGCUGCACCUACACAACUUAGUAGAGCCAGUAGUGAUGUAAGCCUGUGGUCAAGUCUUGGAGGGUCCAAAGCUCGAAAAAUCUCAAGUUUGGCAAACCCCUCAGCCAGUCAAUUAUCUCUGACAGAUGGCUCUCUAUCUACCUCUGUCCCAACUACAUCAGUCAAUGUCAGUAAUUCUAUCAUUGCCUGUUCGGCACCUACUCAGUCAUUGGCCAGACUCAACUUGAAAUCUGAUUCCUCUGAAGAAAUAAUGGGUGAAACUUCUUAUCAAAGGAAUUUUGAGAAAGGUCAAAAGUUUGUUUCAUCUUUGUCUAAAAAAUCUGAAGAAAGGUUGUCAGAUACAGGAUCUCAGUUUGAUGCAGAUGAACCUGAUGUUAAAACUAAUCCAACAGUUUGGAGUCCCAUUCAAAGUGUUGGUGGUGUGUUAGGCACUGAGGCGAUGGCAGGUGAUGAUUUAAACGUGUAUUCUGGUGAAGACACAUUAUGUGGUUUUUACAACUCUGAUGCCGAUGGUGUGUGGGGUACCAAUGACUCCAACAUGCUCUGGACGUGUGUGGCUGCAGGGGCAGUUUUUAUUGAGCCGUUAUCCCUCCCAAAUUGGUUUGUGGAAAAUUCUCAGGCAUUACUGCAACCAGAGCUUUCUAAACCAUGGAGAGUCAAAAUUUUGCAAGAACUAAAGCAAAGGACAGAAAAAACUUCUGUUGGUUUUGAGAACUAUGAAAAAGCAGUUGAGAAAACCAGUUGGGUUAAAUGUGGAACAGCUAAAGCUGUUCUGAAAGACUCUUUGCCUGAGCUUUGUUCACUUGAGCUUGAGUGGAUUGGAAGUGAAUCUGGAUCUCUUUCCAUUCUAAGUUUGGACCAAACCCAAACCAAACUCCAAUUAAGUGUCUCAGAAAUAACAUGUGUAGCAAGUUGCAGUGAACCUGGCACACCAUGCAUAGCAAUUCAUACAUCACGUUUGCGACCAAGCAAGGGACCUCUGAAGCUACAGUUUAAUGCUGAAACUGAUAUGGAGGAUUGGAUGGCUCAUUUAACUCUCGUCACAUGCCAAGUAAACGGUACCAGAGGAAAGCCAAGUGCGAGCUCCUUUUGGGCCACUACUACUCGAGGAGAUGUCUUUGCUUUUGACCCAGCUACACUUGAGGCACAUCAGCUGCGUGGAGAAACGUAUGUGCAAGAAAUGCUAGUAGCUGGAAAGUCAACCCCAUAUGAUGCGCAUUUGCAUAACAGUUUCCCAGCUGGCAGUAAAAUAACCUUGCUUGCUAGUGCUCAUCAUAACACUGAAAGAUUUGCAGUCAAUCUUGUGUGUCGGUCACACCAACUCUCAUCUAAGCAGUCUUCUUAUCCCAACGUAGCCCUUCAUUUCAAUCCAAGAUUUUCGGAUGGUAUUGUUGUUCGAAAUUCUAAACAAAAUGGCUCAUGGCUGAAAGAGGAAAGAGAAGGUGGUCUCCCAAUCAGUCGAGGAGAAGCAUUCUCUAUAUCUGUAUUGUGCCAAGAAGAUGCUUUCAAGAUAUUAGUGAAUGAUACUCAGUUCACAUAUUUUGAACAUAGGAUGAAUCCUCAGAACAUAACUCAUAUUGAGAUUGAAGGGACUAUUCUUCUUCAUAAAUUAAUCUAUGAAUCCAAAAUGAUAAUAGUGUCUCCAUCUGAUAUGUUUUGGCGCCAAAUGGGUGGUCAUCUUCGUCGAGUUGAAACCUGUGCUUCAGGUGUUACCUGGGGUAUUGGCUACGACUGUACUCCAUGGUUUUACACUGGAGGAUGGGGUGGUUCUUUUCUCAGAGGCCUUGAAACCAGUAACUCGGGAAUCAAUCCUAUGGCUGACACACAUGCUUAUUAUCUUUAUGAAAAUCAACGGUGGAAUCCUCUUACUGGUUACACAACUCAUAUGCUGCCUACUGACAGGCAUAUGUGGAGCGAUGCAACUGGAAGACACAAGCGUUCUAAAGAUGGAACCAAACUUCCAUCGAUGCAUUGGCAAUGGGUCUCUGAAUGGGCAGUAGAUUAUCAAACGCCUGGUGGUGUGGAUCAAGAUGGUUGGCAGUAUGCCAUUGAUUUUCCUGCCUCAUAUCAUGGUCGAAAAGGAUUCACUGAUUAUGUGCGUCGUAGACGCUGGGUGCGAAAAGCCCACCUUUCGACUAGUGGACCGUGGGAAGAGUUGGAAAGCAUAAAGCUUUUGCAUGUUUCAUUACAGGAUGAUGAAGGAGCUGGGUCAGAUGAAUAUGUACAUGCAUGGGCAGUUACGGUAGAGGGCGAAGCGGUCUAUAGAAAAGGAGUCAGCAAAAUAUGCCCCGCAGGAACACAUUGGGAACAUGUACCAAGUGAUCAGCCACUAAUAUGCAUCAGUUGCGGCUCAGGGCGGAAGGUUUGGGCUGUUGGUCGUAAUGGCUCAGCAUGUUGGAGGUUUGGGAUAUCUUCUGCAAACCCUUUAGGAGAAGUUUGGGAGACUGUUGAACCGCCUGCUGGCUGUUCCUUGAAACUAGUUUCAGUAGGACGUUAUGGAAUCUGGGUCCUGGACAACUGUGGGCAACUAUCUGUUCGCCGUGAAGUCACUGCAGUUUUUCCAGAGGGAACCCAUUGGCAGACAAUACAACCUUUGGAUCUGGAUCAUAGUGGAGUCGUAACAGUACCAGAGGUGGAAGGGUCAGCUGUACUGAGCCCCACAAACGUACCUCCACCCCUUACUGGGUGGCGACAUGUGUCUGCUGGUCCUGGUGAAGAGGUUUGGGCAAUUAGCAGUUCUGGGGUGGUUUGUCGUAGACAUGGUGUUACCAAAGAGAAUCCAGCAGGGACAACAUGGUCUCAUGGUGUUGUUGGUGGUUGGCAGUGCAUUACUGCCCGUGGCUGGACCAUGGGAAGUAACAGCUGUUGAUAUGUCAUGGACCAGUGAUGAAUGCGAACUAAGUUCAUGCAUUGUGUUGUGAACACCAGAAAAGUCAGUGAAAUAAUUGUGAAAUCUGUGUAGAUAGAAAAUCGAUCUAAGUCUGAAGUUACACAAUUGUGACUUAUUGAUAAAUGUGUAUUUAAAUUUCUAUCAGUUCAGGAUUUGGUAGUUUAAAGUUUGGAGCUGGGCUUCUACCUGCAGGUUAUAUUUUAUCCAUCAACUUUUUUCUACCUUAAUUUUUGUUCUUUAGUAAAACAAAAGGAGUCUAGGUAAAGUGAGCCAGAAAUCUCUUUAGGAAGUGGGGGAUUUCAAUCUUAAGAAUAUUUGCCCUUAAAUGACAAGCUAUCUUCUGUUCUCAAUGUGCCCUAUUUACAGAGGAAUCCAAUUUUAAGCCUGUAUGUUAGAGUAGGUAAUUUCAUUGCAUCUGUAAGGUUGCAAUACCUUGUCAUUUUCCAGUGUCCUCUUUAUGAGAAUUUUUUUCAUUUUGAUUUUUGUUAUUGUACAAACAGACUUAGCUGAUCAUCCAAUAGAGAGAAAUCUGCAGUGAGUGCACACAUGUGUUUUAUGUGAUUCUUUUAAUUUCUUUUUGACUUUGAAAACUUUUAAAUUUUUAACUAUCUGUUACCUUUUCUGUGAUAACAAUAAAGAAUAAAUUUAAAUUAA